AUGAACAGACAUCUAACUGUUGGUGAACGGUGGCGGGUGAUUUCAUUAAGACUUGAUCAAGGCCUCGAUUUUCAUGAUAUUGCACAUCGUAUCAAUUGUACACAUCAAACAGUUCACAAUAUUUUACAGUUAUUUCACGAAACUAAUGAUGUAGUAGAACGUGAAGGACGUGGUGGUGGCAAUUCGUUGAACGAUGAUGAUAUUCAUAUUCUAAGACAUUUAUUCUACCGAUAUCCAAAUGACACGUCAUCUCAAUUAAACAAUCGAUUUUAUCGACAAACUGGACAUAUUAUUACUAGUCGAACGAUUCGGAAUUAUCGAAGGCUAUUGGGUUUUCAUCCCGUUCGCGCCAGAAUUCAGCCCUCAUUAAAUCAAAGACAUGCAGAUGAUCAAUUAGCUUUUUGUCAACAGCAUAUUCACGAUGAUUGGGGUCAAAUUAUUUUUGCUGAUGAAAAAAUCUUCGAGGUUGAUACUUCAGGAAUUGUUUAUUGGAUACCUUACGGUCGACCACGUCCAACUACGUUUCGUAGUAUCAUGGAUACAGCACGAGCUAAUCAUAUUUCAUUUAUUGUAAAAAGUUAG